AUGGGUCUCAAGGGGGCAUGGUGUUUCCCAUGGUGUGGGUGCCGGAGACAGCGGGGGACUGCAAGAGGAGCAGGCCUGGAUCCCGCUGUCCGUCCAGAUCCAAAUCCCAGCCCGGCCCCCAUUGCGGCCGAGGGAGGGGUGCCGUCCUUGGGGUCUGGCGCCUACUUCAGCCGGAAAGCCCGACUCUCCUUCCGUCACCAGCUGCAUGACCUCGCAUCCGCCAACGACUCCACCAUUUGA